UAUAAUAGAGAAUCACUUAGGAGUCUGGUGCAGCUGCUAAAAUAGAUAAAAAGCUAAACAUGCUCUCCAAAAUAGCUAAAGAACCACAAUAGAGAGUCUGCUAAAAAUGAUUUAAGUGAGUAAGUGUGGUUCCCUUUUAUUAGCUACGUACCAUUGUCCCAACAGCAUAGAAGGAAUAAUUUUUAUCACAAAAUGCAGUGACUUAAAUAUUUUCUUAUACACACUAUCAAAUUAUAACCUACUUUACCCUCUUAUAUAGGAUGUUCAUUUUUAAUUAAUAAAGCAUCUGCUAUCAAGAUGGAGGACCUACAAUAUACUUUUCUCUCACUUUAGUUUAAUAACAUUAAUUUCUUCAUUAUAAGUGGGAAUUCGAUUCAUGGAUCAGUCAUGCUAAUGUUUUAUAUUGUCAGUUGUUAUGUAAUAAUAAUAAAAAAAAACAAUAUAAAAGACUAAUUAAACGUUUGCAAAGUCAUUGAUUAUCAUUUUUUUUGGGGGUUGAUUUUUAAGUCAUUUAUAAAUUAGAACUGUAGUUGACUUGAGCUGUCAGUGACCAUCCAAGUCUACCUCCAACCAAAGUUUUUAUAUUUUUUUUAUCUCCGUUUCCCUCGUUCCCUUUUUAAAUAUUAACAGCUCCACGAUGUUCUCCAAAUUUCUUGUUAUUUCGGUUCCAUUGAAAACUUGAAGAGUUGAAGGUAGAUACAACCUCAAUUAGGAUCCACCUUUCUCCGCUUCUAUAUCAACUUGACGAACUGGAAUGCAGACUGCAGACUGUCGUUAGCCUUUUGCCCGGUGUUUUACGUUUUGUGUACCGCCCAACCUCUCGGCAGAAAGUUUGAGAUCAUUCUCUGAAUCUCAGAAAGGGAGUUAAGGCAAGAGAGGAUAUGGCUUCCUCAGCGGCUCCUAUUUCUGACAGCCUCAAGAAGAUCUGGGAUCAGUGGAAUCUCCGGAGCUUCAUCAUGUUAAGUCUCACAUUGCAGACCUUCUUAAUUCUCUUCGCACCCUUGAGAAAGCGAUCAUCGAGCAAAUGGGUAAUCGUGCCCAUCUGGUUGGCUUACUUGCUUGCUGACUGGGCUGCUAACUUCGCUAUCGGAUUAAUUGCAAGCAGCCAAACGAACACUGAUCAAGGCUCGCCAGAGAAUGGUAAUCUAUUGGCAUUCUGGGCUCCCUUUCUUCUUUUGCACCUUGGUGGUCCAGACACCAUAAUUGCAAUUGCUAUGGAAGACAAUGCGUUGUGGCCAAGGCACUUGCUUGGUCUCAUAUUCCAGGUUGUAGCUGCAAUGUACGUCUUCGGUAUGCAGUUCUCUAACCAAAACAAACUACUGUGGCCAACACUCUUCCUGUUUGUACCAGGACUCGUCAAGUACGGCGAGCGAACACGUGCUUUAUAUCUUGCCAGCUUGGAAAGUCUCAAGGAAACCAUACUUGCAGUACCGGAACCUGGACCGGAUUAUGCAAAGUACAUGGAUGAGUACUCCUCAAGAAAAGCUGCCCAUCUUCCAAUUAAAAUAGAAAUCAAAGAAGGUCGUAGCUCAGAUUCGAAGAAUGUGACGUAUCGGCUGGGAGAAGGAGACGUCAUUGAUAAUAUUACACUAGUGGAGGGUGCUCAUCACUUGUUUCAAAUUUCCAUGGGUCUUAUUAUAGAUCUUGUGUUCGACUAUCAUCAGCGCAAAGAGAGCCGUGCCUAUUUCAUCAAAUUAGAAUCAGGAGAUGCUUUUACAUCAAUUGCUACUGAGCUCAAUUUUAUGUAUGAAGCUCUGUACACCAAAGUUUAUGUGGUACAUUCUCGACGGGGAUACUUGUUGAGAGCUACAUCCUUCAUCGCCGUUUGCAUAGCCUUUGUUUUCUUCUAUAGAUUAGAGAAACAUGGCUUCCACAGCUUUGAUGUUGGAAUUACUUAUUCCUUGCUUUUUGGUGCCGUAGCUCUUGAUUCAAUAGCUCUUUCGAUGCUGAUAUUAUCUGAUUGGACGAUCGCUGUUGUAUACAAGUACUGUAAAAAGUGUUGUGUAGUCACUGAUCUCAUGAUGAAGUACCUGGAGUUUAAGAGAUCAUGGCGACCAACUACUCCACCAAAGUGUCUGGAGCGGACCAGAAAGAUUUUAUUUCGAAGAUGGUGUGAAUCUGUCUCCGGUUUCAACUUCAUAGAUUAUUCUCUCCGAGAAUGUGGAAGAUCAGUAGUCCGACCUGUGUACCGUUUUGGCAUUUUUGAAAUUUACCGUACAGUCAUCAGAUUUUUGGGCUACCUUUACCAUAGAAUCAUCAUAUUCCUGGGCCACCUUUACCUUAGAAUCAUUAAAUUCUUUGGCCUCAAGUAUCUUCGAGAUGAGAUGAAGUAUAGAUCCAGCAAGAGACUGGAUGAGAAUUUGUGGAAGUUCAUUUUUGAUGAGUUGAAAAGUAAAUCCUCAGAAGUUGCUGAUGAUCCCAAAAUUGGUAGAGAAAUAUGUUCGUCCCAAGGGGAUUGGGUUCUCCUAAAAAAGUAUGAGAAGCAUCCGGAGUACAAGAACUUGCUAGCAUGCUUUGUUGAUGUUACUUAUGACCGACGCAUUCUGAUGUGGCAUAUUGCUACUGAGAUGUGCUAUUACAGAGUUGACACAGGCAAUGGUGGUGAGCAUGGUGAAUAUAGUAAGACGUUGUCUGAUUAUUUGCUAUAUCUCUUAAUUAUGCAACCUGCUUUGAUGUCCUCUGUAGCGGGAAUUGGACAAAAGAGAUUUAGAGAUACGGUUGCAGAAGCCAAAAAAUUCUUUAAAAAAGGGCGAGUGGGAUCCAAUGUGAAUCUAGGCGAGGGAAAACUAGGCGAGGCUUGUUACAAACUCCUUGAUGUAGAUACAGGAGUUAAACCUGUCAAUGUCAAAGGGAAUAGAAGUAAAUCUGUUUUGUUUGAUGCAUGUAUUCUGGCCAAGCAGCUGAUGAAAUUCGAAGACUCGAAAUGGGAAUUAAUAAGCUCGGUGUGGGUGGAAUUGCUAUCAUAUGCUGCCAGUCAUUGCAGAGCACAAAGCCACGCGCAAUUGCUGACUAAAGGUGGAGAGCUUGUCACUUUUGUUUGGUUACUGAUGGCUCGCUUUGGCAUUGAGGAGGACAUCCAAGUACUGGAGGUCCAAGCAAGAGUAAAACUGAUCAUGGAAAAGCAACCUGAUGUAUUCCAGAGCAAUUAGCGUACACAUUAAUUUAUAUCUCGUUGCUCGUUUGCAUUAUAUUCCAAGUUUUAAUUAGGUGACAAGUGAUAUACCGCCAAGCAUAAGCAAUUAACAACCUCAUUGGUGGGCCCUGCAACAUGGUUAGUCCCGCCUACGACAUGCAUUCGGUAGUCCGACACCCGAGUUACCUCGCUAUGGUGGAGGUCGGCCGGUACCUUGCUAGGAGGUCACCCUCCCACUACUAGAAUUAUGUCAAUAGACAUCACCACUAUUAAGUUGGUUGGAAUUGCACGUGAU